AUGAAACAAUACAAGUCACAUCGUUCUGUUCUAGAGACACAACAAGUUCAUGAAUCAUGUUUAUGGGGACACAAGUUUCGCUUUGAUCGGGACUUCUCAGUACUUGCCUUUAGUACUUGGUUGCUGUUUCAACUUUACAAUAAGUUGAUGUCAGGUGUUGUUGAUACAGGGGAUUUGUCUUCAUGUAGAAUAUUUUAA